GUGGACUUUCCGGUCGAAAGAUAUGGUGCCGAGUUUCUCUAUUAUGCCUACUGUAAAACAUAAAGGCCAGAGAACGUUUCCUCCCAUAUACAGCAUUGAAAUGGAUGCAGCCACUUUCAGAGACUUCAGUGCCCACGAGUGGCACAUCGGUGUGCCAACUUCUCCUAAAAAGGGAAGCUUCCCAGAUUCAGUUCUAGUUGUAAUUCAACACCCCCACGUCUACACGAAGCCGCAGACUUCAGCCCGAACUCAGCAGUUGAACUAAGGAUUGAGUAAAUGAUCCUAUAACUAAUCCUAUAACCAUACAUUAGUAAUCCUUUGUUUUCAAUUUUAACUUUUAAUGUGUUUGUAUACACUGGUGUAAGAUCUACAGAUAGCCAAGGCAAGAGCUGCUGCAAAGUUUGCAAGACAAUAACACUGACGAGCAAUAAUAAAAAUGCUCGAUAUACAUUUACUAUUAUAAGUCUGGUUCAGACACUUCAGAAUUUUUUUGAAGUGAGACUUGCCCAUCAGUAGUAAAGGCCACACAUUGGG